GCAGGGGUGUACUACGAACGUGUCACCCUCAGGAACUUGCCUCAGGAAAACUCCACCCCCAUGUGUCGCUGCUCCUGACAAACAAGAAUCUCCACCGAACAACGUUUAACAUGGAACGGUGGCACACAGUUUUGACGUUGCUGGGCAUCGUCGGAUCGUCGAUGGCGAUAAGGGAUUUGUCCGUCUGCGAGGAUGCGACGUACUCGUGUGGUCCACUCCCACCCGUGGUACCGGAGAGUUACAUCAUGAAGUACGAGUGGAUCGACCUGGUGCGCAACCAGACAGCGUGGAUUGAGGAGCACUUCGACCGAGAGAACCUGCGUGCCAAGAUCUCGGCCGUUGUACGCGGCGAGAAGGUCGUCAGCAUAUUCGACUACUUCAGCGAGACGGUGGCUACAUACAGCUCCGAUAGACCAGGAGCCAAGACGUCGCUUGACCCGGAGAGCCAAGAAACGUGUGAGAUAGCCGAGAUGUCCACAUACCGUGCCACACAGCUGCCGUUCGGCUACAAGUACCGCGGCGAGCGACCGCGCCAGUCCCGCAUGGACAGCUCGAACGAGGCCCUGCGGUUUGGGGGUCCUUACCGCGUCCAGUUCGUGCGUCCCGCCACGGGCGAGGAGACACGCCACCUGCCGGCCAACCUUUUCGAAAGCUGUGCCUAUGACAAGGACCAAGACGCCACCUACCGUAUGCGCUACUACUGGUCGGCCAACGCGUCCUUUAUGUUCCCAAAUGGAGAAGUGGAUGUUCCUAUCCGUAUCGAGCAGAAAGGAACUUUCCCGAAUCCUGACGACGACAACAAAGUCGGGCCAUGGAACACGAUUCGGAAUGUCGCUUGGUACCAGUCAAACCCGGAAUUUUCCGACGAGGACUUUGAAGUGCCUCGACAGGUGUACUGCAAGAACAACGCUAACGACAGGGAGAUACCGCAACCGCCUGACACGUUCAGCUUUCGAGUCGAAGAAGUCUCUUUUACUCUCGAUGACACCGGGUCCAGUGUCGGAGAAUUCACAUCGACGUCAUUCAAAGAGAUCUGGUACGACGCAAUGAGGCACCUCGCCAGGGUGGACAUAAUUCCAUCCGAGGAGGAGAAGCGCUGGCCACUUGUCAACGAAUCGGGGGGCUUGGACACUCUGCUUUCGAUUGUCCUUGACUACGGAGCAGAAGCCGCAUUUAUCACGCAUCCAUCAAGCGGGGAGUGUGUCGUCAGGAAGCUCACAACGGAUUUCUUUCUCUCUGAACCAAACGGCACCGAGGGCGUUGAAAUGUUAGUCCCGGAAAAACUAUUCGGCUUCACGCAGGAACAUCGCUUUCAAGGAAGAUACAAGAUAAGAGGAAUAGAGGUUGAAACAUGGGCGGCGCUUAUGAAUGAAUCGCUGGACGUUACGGAGAACAACAUGAAAUGGCACGAGAUGUCACUUAUGACGGACUCUCAAGCGGAGCGCUCAGGUGAACGUGGUAUUGAGUUUGUCCCUGUCCAGGAGAGCAUCUACACCGACAAGCAUCAGGUUACAAAGGACGGAGUAACGGAAUUCAAGCAGCACGUGGUGUUGAAGAAUUACUUCAAGUUUACUUCGGAACAGCCGCGAUUGUCGGUGUUUGAAGCACCGGGUUGUGUCCCUCGCCACGAAGCAAGGACGUUCAAGGUUUCGUUCGACGGAAAGGAUUACAAGAUCAUUCGGAAAAACAGGCCGUUGUUUAUCGACGCCCUUCGAGGAUCGCUGAAAGACUAUGGCGAUAUAGACACUGUAUUGAGAAUCGAGGUUAUCGGCGUGUACUUUUAUCGAAGAAAUAAUGAAAUAACAGCUUUCUUCAAGAUUUUGGGACCCUUGUCUGAACUUCAGCAGAAGCGUGUCGUUUCUGUCGAUGAAUCAGUCCAAAAUAUUGCGCAGCGAGUCCAAAAUGGGACCUUUGGUUUUACUCUUGUGCUUGCAGACGAAUACGACAAAACACAGCUACGCUCCUACCAGGCACUGAAGGACUCUUUCCUGGAGGUAGAAUGGCCAAAGAGGAAAAGUACGCUUUAUUACCAACCACAGAAGGCCCUGGAUGAUACUGUUCGAAGAAAGGAAAGUUCUCCAGUUAGUCAAGACGCUGGUUAUAGCCCUGGCGUGUUCGCCGCAAUUGCGGUGACUUUCACACUGGUCGGUAUUGCUUGCGGAGUCCUUGCCAUGCGGUUCUACCUGACCAGAAAGAAGCCCGAUGGUCUCAUUCAAAACGAAGAGCGUCCCAUCGAGCUGCAGUGACCUCUAGGACGACGCAUCCAUUACGAAAUCUCAGCAUGUAUCAACGGGGUGAUCGUGCGCCAGUCGCCUAACAGAAAAAUAAACGCUGGCCUUC